AGCGAAACAGAUUUCAAAAGUGUUUCAAUGUACCGAUUUUUAUUGUUUAUUUCUUCCACAAAUCCUCAUUUUACCGAGUAAAGCUAUGCAGACUUGGAGUCUCGUAUCAAUUUGCGUGUUGCUUGCCAUUAUUGCGAGAUGGGGAGUUUCGCUAAAUUCAUAUUCAGGGGCGGGGAAGCCUCCCAUGUUCGGCGAUUAUGAAGCUCAGAGGCACUGGCAAGAAGUGACCUACAACCUCCCUAUUCAGGAAUGGUACUUCAAUACUACAAACAAUGACUUGAACUACUGGGGUCUUGACUAUCCUCCCCUCACCGCUUACCACAGCUGGAUCUGUGCUUAUAUAGCCAAAACAAUAAACCCUGAAUGGGUGGAACUCCACAAGUCCAGAGGUUAUGAAAAUACACAGCACAAGUUAUUCAUGAGAACGACAGUCUUAGUUGCAGAUUUGUUGAUAUACAUCCCUGCGGUGGUUUUAUACUGUUUAUACCUGACUGAUGGAUCCUCUAAGAAAAAGGUUUCCAUUAUGUUCUGCUUUCUACUGUACCCAGGAUUAAUUCUCAUUGACUACGGACAUUUCCAAUACAACGGAGUGAGCCUGGGUUUUGCCCUGUGGGGGAUUCUGGCUUUGGGUCUGGGCUGGGAUGUGUUGGGCUCCAUGGCUUUCUCUCUGGCUCUCAACUACAAACAGAUGGAACUGUACCAUGCUUUGCCUUUCUUCUGUUACCUUCUGGGAAAGUGCAUCAAAACAGGCCUGAUGGGCCGAGGGCUUUUCUUGCUGGUGAGGAUUGGUGUAACAGUGUUGGCGACUUUUGCCCUCUGCUGGUUGCCCUUCCUGGCUGAACCCAGCCAGGCCAUGCAGGUGGUCAGGAGGAUUUUUCCCGUGGCUCGGGGUCUGUUUGAGGAUAAAGUGGCCAACACAUGGUGCAGCCUGAACACCCUGAUAAAGAUCAAAUCCAUUUUGUCAGGUGACUCUCAGCUCUACCUCAGUCUUGCCUGCACUCUCCUGGCGGUUCUACCUUCCUGUAUCAGGCUGUUAACAAAACCAACCUUCUGGCACUUUAAACUGGCUUUGGUCAAUUCAUCCCUGGCGUUCUUCCUCUUCUCCUUUCAAGUCCAUGAGAAGUCCAUCCUUUUGGCUGCCUUGCCUGCCUGUCUCCUGCUGAAUGACCUCCCCUUGAUGGCCCUUUGGUUCCUACAGGCCUCGACAUUCAGCAUGCUUCCUUUGUUCCUGAAGGACGGCCUGCUGGUGCCCUAUAUUGUGACCUCUUUGGGCUUCCUCUUCUUCAGCAUCUAUUUACUGUCUGCACUGGAUCACUGUUCAGAGGAUAAACUGAGACUGGGAGCUUACAACAAGCUGUUUUAUUGGCUACCCAAGAUGGACCUGGCCUUUAUAGUGAGAUGGAAGUUCUACAUCAGCAUUGCAGCCAUGGUUGGCCUGAGUAUCGCAACCGCAGUUCUGAUCCCUCCGCCCCAUCUGCCGGACUUGUUCCCAGUCUUAGUAUCCACUACAGCUUUCCUGCAUUUUUUGGGAACUUUUAUACAUUUCAAUGUGGUUCAGUUCAGUGAGCCUCCCAGCAGAAAGAGCCAGAAGAAGAGCAACUAAGUCACGCCACAGGUGAAGGUGUUGAUCUAAUUUUACACCAGUAAAGUCAGCGUUACACACUAAGGUAUAUCUGCUUUUAAAGUGCAUGAGGCCUUUUACCCAUGCCUUUGUGUACAAAAUACAAAAUAACACAAGUGCUUAUUAAAGAGUUGGAUAAAUGGCAUUUCAGAAGAAUUGUGACAUGAAAUGAAAGGAAAUUUUUCAGUGUGGACCAAUGAAUUUAGUGCAGUUCAAAGACAAAUCUUAUAUGUUGUCAAGGUCACGAAAUGUAAUUUGGCUAAAAAUGACUCGAGUCAUGUGAAAUGAACCUACCUUGUUGAAUUAUUUGCCUGGACUACUCAUACAUUACAAAGAAAUACACAUAUUCCUGGCUAACCUGGCAUCGUAUGGCCUAUACUGACUUAUAGGCCUGUAUGCCUUGGCCACAGGAGGCAGGCACAAUAACAUAAACACCUGUUAUAAUGUUUCCUUUUUAUGGGGACCAGAAGUGUUGGUCUAAUUUUAUGGCAAAUAUUGACACCAAAGUUUGUGGUUAUGUAUAAUCAUAUUAUGAACUGUUUCUGUUAUUUUAUCCACAUUAUGCCCUUGAGGUGGUGGUAAAGAUGCACCUGAUGUGCUGCACUCAGGUCUCCCCAUGUUGAUAUCCAUCCAUUCAUUGUGAACUUUUCAUUGAAGUUCAUCGAACUAUUUUUUUACUGUACAUUUUUGCCUAACAUUAAGGCUGUUUUGUACAAAUGUAGUUUUUGCGAAAAUAAAUCAAAUUUACCA